GGCGUUCGCGCGUGGAACCCGGUGCCCGACGAGCGGAAUCGCCGCCCCUGCCCCUGUGGAGUGGUUCGUGCAGGAGUCGAGGGCGGCGGGGACGGGGGCGAGGCCCCGAGUGCAUAUGUGGAGCUGCCUCUGUUUACAUUUCGCUCUUCUUCGGGGGACUCGCAGUGGCGUAACACUCAAACACUAAAUAAGAACCCUGGCUUUACAACCCACGUCUCUCCCGGGAUAUUCGGCCCCGGGGGCGCCGCCCCUCGCCUUUUCCUCCCGGUUUUCCUUCGGGGUGUGCGUCUCGGCCGAUGGAGGGGAGGAAAUCCUCCGCCGGGAGCCUCCUCAGGAGGAGGAGGAGCGAGAGUCUGGCAGGAUCCACUGACCCCGAUUUCGGGCUUCGGACAUUUUGCUUCCUCUGCGGGGUCAGUCGGCAGAGCAACAAGCGGAGUUGCUUCUGACCUUCAAAAAUGGGGGAUUCUCAUCAUCUUCAAGUUCUUCCUCUUCCACGGCUUUUUCGCAGCCCCAGGAACCAUCACCGGAUUUCUCUCCCUUGUCUGCUCUUGGACUGCAGCGAGUUGGGGAGGAAAGGGCAUCGCCAUCCAAGGAACCCAGUAUCCAGUUAAACCGGAGAGGCAUGCCCGCGCGAAUGAGGAAGAAGAACCGUUUAUAUUUUGAUGAUGAUCUUGUAAGUUCUCCCACACAAGUCAAGUCACCCAAAAAGAGUUCCAGAGGCACCCCCAAGAAACAGCUUAAUCCACAGCCAAUUCCAAGCAGUCCAUUGAAAUUGGUUGAUGGCCUAAUUCCUUCAUCUUACACUCCAGAGGAGCCUCAGACAAUAACAACACCUGACAAAAAAGUAGCCCAGCAGAAUGGAGUCAGGCUUAGAAAUUUUUUGAAGCUUCCCCAAGCACACAAAUGGGUUUACUUUGAAUGGUUUUAUUCAAAUAUUGACAAGCCCUUAUUUGGAGGUGAGAACGACUUCCAGAUUGUAUUGAAAGAGGCCUUUCCACAGCUGAAAACUCGGAAAUUAUCGCGCCGCCAGUGGGGCAUCAUCCGUCGGAUGAUGGGUAAACCCCGACGUUGUUCUCAGGCCUUUUUCCAAGAGGAGUGCCUCGCAUUAGAUAAAAAGCGCCAAGUCUUACGGCUGCUGCAGCAGCGGAAAAUCACGGACAUAAACUCUCUGAAAGACUUUCCCUUGCCAGAUCAAAUUCCAAUGCAGCUUGUCAUUGGUACAAAGGUUACAGCAAGAAUACGAAAGCCAGAAAAUGGACUGUAUACUGGUGUCAUAGACGCAGUCGAUACAUCAGACAACACUUACAGGAUAACAUUUGACCGUCAUGGAAUUGGAACACAUUCAAUUCCUGAUUAUGAAGUCCUGUCAAGUGAGGGAGCAGAAAUCAUGCCCCUAUCAAGCUUCUCUCAAAAAUUCCGUCCAAGGCCGCCCCUGGGAAUGGUUACUCCUCCUAGACCCAUUUUGCCAAAGCUUGAACCCGGAAGCGGAACCGACAGCCCCGCACUUUCGCUCACUAAUGAUCCUAUAUUAGCUCAGUCUCCUCUGAAAUCUUCAAAGUUAUCAAUGGAAGAUACUUUAGGUGGAUUCCCUGUAAAAUGCCUCGUUCAAAUUGUACAGUUGUCAAAGAUAUUAAGAGCAAAGCGUGAAAAGAUAGGUUCCCUCAGAGAGAUGAAUGAGCAAGCUGAAAAGCAGAGAAGCUAUGGAGAAGAGUUGAAUGUAGAAUUUCAGCGUAAAUAUGCAGCAUUGGUACUAGAAAUAGAAAAGCUAAACAAAGACCUGAAUCAGUAUCUUUUGGCUGUCCAACAGUUUUGCCAAGAGAUUGCCCCAGAACAAGGAAUAUCUGCACCUACCUUACUGCCAAGCCAAAUUAAGGAGAGAUGCUAUGAGGAGGCAGCCACCAUUGUAGAUGUGACAAACCACUCCAGUGGUUCUCCUCAGGUGUCGAGUGCAUCUGUGCUUGAUCUCAUCACUAAACUUACAUCACUGAUGCUUCAAAUCAAGAAUUUGGCAGAGACUGAAGUGAGUGCCUUUGAGUUAACAUCUCUUCAGGAAACACUCAAUGAGAUAAGAAAUUCACUAGAUGAGUCAAACAAAGUGGCAUUCCAGAAUAACAUUGAAGUGCAUUUGACUCAUAUUAUGUCAGCUGUAUCUCAAAUGGGUACUUUACAAGCCUUCAACAAUCACAACAGCAAUUCUUUAUAGAGCAAGUCAAGGGUCAUACUUGUGUAACUGAGGUUGUCAUUGAGUUUCAAUCAUCUCUGAACAUAUGUAAAUGUCAUACGUUUUUUGUACUCUUGUUAUGUAGAUAAGAAUUUUUGUUAUGUAGAUAUGAACGUAUUCGUCACUGUGCAUCCCAGGGUCAUUUAGCAUUUGGUAAAGAAAUCUAUGAAACCAAUAUUACAUCAUUUAACUUACAUUAAUUUUAGAUAGACAUGCAGUAGACUCAGUGUAUUCUGGGGAUGUCUUUACAGGAUGUAAACCAAGGAUCAGUGCAGUCAAUCAGGUACACAUGACAUAUCCAUAAGAGUGUGUGUAUUUCAGAAACUGACUGUGUGAAAUCCAGUUGUUCAGGCAACUUGUUGAAAGUGGUCAAUUAUGGGAAUUGGGGAAAGUUAAAUGAUCAGUGUCUGGUAGGACAGAAAAGGAAGGAUGUCCACUUAAUCAAUUCAUCAUAAAAAUUAUGUGCUAAUUUACAGACACUUGGUUUGUGUUAUUUAUGUGGUUUUAUAAAAUUAUUUAUUGUUCGUCUGUGUAGAUGCAUUCCUGGAAUUUUGAAUCCACUGUAUGUUUAUUUUACAUUUAUUUUACAAGAUUGAGAGGUAAUUGUUUACAUUUCAAGAUAUUUAGUUUUUUAUUUCACUUUUUUUGCAUACAUUUUUGGUCCAAGGUGCGUUCAAAAUAUUUCCUUUAUGCCAAAGACAUUUCUUGAAUGACUGGAUGAAAAUUAUGAACUGACUACUGUAUAAGGGCAUUCGAGUAAGUCUAUAGACCUCAGAGCUUUGAUAUAAUGAGUUUUUCCAAAACUGCUGUACAGUAUUUUUGUCAUCUUUCAAGGGAACAGCAGCUUCCAGAAAUAUGUACAAUACAGUUUCUUCUACUGAACUAAGUUAGUUCUCUGUUGAAAUUAUUUGAACAUAGUCUUUCAUUAUUUAACAGAGGUAGGGUUGUGCUACACAAAGUUUUAAUCACACUAUUUGUAUAUAUGAUUGGGAGAGAAAUCACGUGAAAACCAAGGGGCAGUUUCUUGAUAUCAUAGUUCUACACAUAAAAGAAUUUAUGGCUCUGAUUUUGUCACAAGUCUCAGUAAUAGCAGUUUUCAAUCUUUCACAUAGAUGUUGCUGAGCUGAGUCAUUUCAUUGUAACCUCUGGGAUAUUGGUAGACACUCAUUUUCUUUUUAAAUCCUUCAGCCAAAGUGUUUGAAGAUGAGAAUUAUUCUUGCUGGAGAACAACAGGUAAACAGUUGUAUUGACCCUGAAUUGAAGUAGUAAUGAUAUAUCAUGAUGACCUUACCAUUCAGUAAGCAAAUAUAUACGUAUAUACUAUAUGUUAAUCAGCUUCUGUACCUUUUCUUGUACAUAGUCCUGUAAUAGAAAAUAUUCACUUUGUUGGUAGGAUGUGAAUAUUUUGUGUUACUAUUGAAGAAUGCAGAAUUAUUUUUGUACCUGAAAGUUAAACAUGAAGUUCAGUAUGGUAGUUAGUCUUUUGUGUGUGGAGCUGUGAUGCCUUGGUUGAAUUUGUAUUAUUUGCAAGGAUGCAUCCAUAUUUACCUGAAGCUUUUAUUUGUAAUUUCUAGAUUAUCAGUGAUUGGCCUGUGCUCCACUGCUUUUUGUCAUUACCUUGUCAGCUGUUUGUGUUUGGUAUCUUUCCACCUAUUAGAGCAGCACGAAGCGCCGCAGUGGCGUGGUUGGUAUGGUCUUUGCCUGCCACUUCAGUGGCUGUGAGUUUGAUUAUCGGGCAUUCCAUUGAGGGGUCAGAGAUGUGUAUUUCUGGUGUUGGAAGUUUACUGUCGACGUGGUUUGGAAGUCACGUAAAGCUGUUGGUCCCAUUGCUGAAUAACCACUGGUUCCAUGCAAUGUAAAAACACCAUACAAACAAACAAACAAACCUAUCAGAGCAUCUUAUGUACCUUACUUAAAUGACCACAUUUCAUUAAGGAGAAAAUCCUUCAAGACCACUACUUCAUUUCUAGGAUCUGGGUUGAAUCAAAGUAUUUGUUAUAUGGUGGUAAGUUGAGUGGUCAAAAGUUGUUUCCAGCUGCCGCAAGAAGAUUACUAUCCUAUUAAGACCUCAGGUUUGUUAGCUAUGAAAAGUUCAUAUGGAUUUAAAAUUUGUCGUGUUGAACUAUAGUGAUUAGAUACCAAAAGAGAAUGGAUGACUAGGUUAAUGGAGAAAGCAGUGGAGGUCACGUGCUGUGUAAGGCACACUGUAGUUCUUAACCCCCUGUGAUGGGUGACUGGUCAAGGUUAAAGAAGAAUUUAAUGGAUUUUGUGGUUGGAAAUGUACUAUUCACAUGUGCUGAGUGGACUUGACAAUUUGGAAUAUUUUUGCGGAUGUUCAGAUAUUUUUUAUGAUUAAAGGAUCUGGAAAAGUUUAGUUACUGCCACACAGCUGAAGUAACUGGUUUGUUAUUUCUGGAACAUGAGUAAUGAUUUUGACAAAUGCAGAGAAGAAUAAUAAUAUGGAAACUUAGAUAGGUGUUUUAAUGUUGUAUUUAUCUUCUCUCGAUUUUAAUAGGAAGUCCGAGAGGGAAUUGAGGCAGAUAGUGCACAAACUCAGUUUACUAUGUAGAGAACUCAUGUCUAAUUCCCAAAGAGGAAAAUCUGACAUAAGAGGGUGGCAAAAGCAGCCUUGAUUGUAUAUUUGAUUAUACUCUACUAAAAAUCAACAAAAAUAUGACUGUUGACCAUCGAGAUCCAUGUUGGCCAUAUCACAGUUGUAUAGUCUUAAGAGUUUUAGAAGCAGUUAACAUCUCAAGUGGAUGCAUCAGUUUUAUUUGUUACUCAUUUUCUUUUUUUCUCUUAUUAUAAUUGACAUUUUAAAUUAUUAAAGGUGAAAUGAUUUUAAUAUAUGAAGCCCCUGGCUUAGGUAAACCUAAGUAUAAAAAUUUCUAGUCUAUAGUUUUAAAAGAUUUCCGGUGAAUAAAUAUUCUAAGUAGCUGGAAUUAAUGUACUACUACUAUUUUACAUUUUAUAGUUUAUUAAAUUAACUAUUAUAGUAUAUUAUCAUUGUCAGUUGAAAUGUUUCUCAUAUAUGGACUUUAUAGUUUGCUGCUCUUGUCACUUUAUUCUGAAAUUUGUUGUUGCUUGAAAGUUGGCAAAUUUCAUCAAAGCAAAGGGGACAUUUAUUUAGCAGUUGCUGGUGGUAGUUACAGAAAUGCUGAUUUGGCCAGUGAGACAAUCUCAACAGAUGCAGUGUUGUCAAUUGAUACAAUUAAUAGUCACAUUUUUGGUAAUACAUGUCAAGAUUCAACAUGACACUUACAUCAUUCAUAACUUUGUAAACUUAGUGAUGUCUCAAUUUGAUUUAAUGUGAAAUCACAUUGGUAGUCAAGUGUGGAGACUAUAUGAUAUAACAAAGAUGUCCAUUGGGUUGAGCUCAACAUCAGGUCUCUUUUUAACUCCUUUUAACAUUUUACCAAACUUAUGCCCAAUUGGGGCUAGGGCACUACUGACGCUAGGCCAGCUUAAUCCAGACCAGCCUAAUUGACUGCAGAGCUGUGAUCUACGGAUGAUUGUAUUUCCUAUCACUAGGUCUUGGUCAUUGAUAACACCCCCCCCUUGAUGUAUGACACAUUAGGUUCAUUACCUGAAGGCAUGUAUUGGAUAUGAUAUUCUGCUUUUAAAUUUAGACAAGUACCAGCAGCAGCAUGCUAAAUAAGUAUUGGUUGAUUUUUGUUUGGUUGUCAGGUUUUUUUAUCAUAACCAGAAAUUAUUUGUAAGUGAAUGGUUCUUUUCUCAUGCUUCUAAUAUGUUCCGAAGAAUUGAGUCCUCUUGAAAGUUGUGUUUUUUAUAUAAUUUUCUUUCUAAUUUUAUUCAUGCAAACCUGUAUGGCUAAUAUUUGAACAGAUCAUAAAGAGUAAAUUUGUAAAAUCAAACUGCUUCAUUAACAUUUCAUACUUGAAUAUAGUAGUUCAACUUUUGAGAUUAAUAAUAAAGCCUCGAGUUGGAGUAGAGAAUGGAAAUAAUCUUUUUCUUGAGAUUGCUAGCUUAACUUUUUCUAUUUAUGUUGUAAAGUUUGAGUUAUAUUCAAAAAGUGGCUCUGUGGGGUUUGAUGUAUAUAGGAUCCUCUAAAUGUAGUGCAGAGUAGUAUGUUGCUAUAUGUAAAUAUGUAAAGAUAUUUUAAA